UCAAUACGGCCCUCCUUCCCUUCCUACCCUUCGACCGAUACAUUUUGCAAUCUCCAUUUUCGGCAUGUGCGAUUACACCCAAGUACAUUAUAAGUGCUCUCACCUUCGCUAUACCGUCCGCGCUUGGUGUACCAAAUAUCAAGAGACGCAGAGAAGAUGUCAACCCAACGUUGUGGCAGUUGAAUAUAGACUCGACGAGAAUUGCGGUUCGUUUGCUCGACUUCCCCAUCAAAAUUGCCUUCUAGCUGACGAAUAGAAGGCGAUUGCAAAGGCUCUACGGGCAGGCGCCGAUAACACACGACCUUCACUUUCGAAUUGUUUCUCGAUACCCACAUUUGGUUUUUCAGCAAGGCGUACUGGAUGCGGCACGGAAAUGUGCACAAUACCCCACUGACAAGAGCUUUCAUCUUGUCCUCAUAGUCAAAUGUACCACAAUGUUUCGUCGUCGUUUCGGACUCACAUUUACGUUCUGUAUCAUGCAUCUUGCGCUGUCCUACAUCUGGCAUGCGUUACCCGUUGACGCCAUCAUCUAUUCGCUAAGGUGCGGCGGUUUUAGGGGCCCGUUGUCACUGGUCCAUGCUGCUGCACGACGCAUGGUUCCUGCAGCUUUAGGUACAACCUCGUCCCUCGGCUGCUCCCAGCGCACAACCACAGAAUGGCGGUAACGCCGAAAUCCACGCGGUCGUACCCGAUAUCCAAUCUGCAAUCUGACAUUGUACAUCUGUGAGGGCGGGUCGGUACUGCGAUUCUGCGUCACCGGUACACGUUGCAUCGCACUCGGCGAAUGGUCUAAACGCUACGGCAUUAACUCCGCUGAUGAACUUUAACGUACGACGGCCAACGGUCCAGAAUUUCAUGCUCCGGGCAUGCUCAUGUAGUCGAAGUCACAGUUCGUUGCAGAUGCUGCUGCUGCUCCCGACACUGCAUAUCUCCUGUGGGUGUUCCUAACGGAACGUAGUCCUCCGCUUUGCGCAUGACCUUACAAGAGCAACACAAAUGAUAGUAAACACCGAGCGGCAUGAUAUAAUUCACAGACAAUAUUUCUCCAACCAACAUUUUCUUGAGCUAGCAGGACGGCUUGGUCAGUUUCCAGAACGUUACACGAGUCCAGAGCUGGAUAAUAUUACUGGGGUCUUAAGGGUCACG